AUGGCCAUGGUGACGCUGCUCACACCCUUUGUCUGUGGUGACUGUGGCAAGAGCUUCAGCCUUAGCUCCAAUCUCACCCAGCACCGCUGUGUCCACCCCGGGAAGAAGCCAUACAUCUGCGCCGGCUGCGGCAAGAGCUUCACUCGCAGCCUGACGCUUAUUGCCCACUGGCAUGGCCAUGCUGGGAAGAAGCCCUUUGCCUGCACCGACUGUGGCAAGAGCUUCCACCGUGGUUCCCGCUUCUUCCAGCACCGCCGUGUCCACAGCAGUGAGAGGCCACACAUCUGUGGUGACUGCGGCAAGAGCUUCCAGGGAAACUCGAUGCUUAUCGCUCACUGGCACAUCCAAACCAGCCAGGAAGCUUUCAUCUGCAGUGACUGCGGCAAAAGCUUCAACAUGAGCUGCCACCUCUUCCGACACCGCCGUGUCCACACUGGUGAGAAGCCAUACUGCUGUGCUGGCUGUGGCAAGAGCUUCUGCUGGAGCAAGACCCUCAUUACCCACUGGCAUGCCCACAGUGGCAAGAAGCCCUUCACCUGUACUGACUGUGAUAAGACCUUCAGCCAUGUCUCCCAGUUCUUACAGCAUCACUGUGGCCGCACCAGAAAGAGACCACGCAGCCAUGGCACACCUAGUAAGAGUUUGAGCUGCAGCAACUGUCAGCAGAGCUUCGUCAGGCGCUCAGAUCUGGUGAGGCACAUGCGGACCCACACUGGUGAGAAGCCAUAUGUCUGUGCCGUCUGUGACAAGAGCUUCAACCAGAUCUCCAACCUCAUUCAGCACCGUCGCAUCCACACAGGUGAGAGACCGUACCGCUGUGCUGACUGCGGCCAGAGCUUCAGCUCCAGCUAUUCCCUCACACAGCACCACCACACCCACAAUGGCAAGAAGCCAUACCGCUGUGCUGACUGUGGCAAAAGCUUCACUAAGAGCUCCACCCUCAUCCAACACCACCUCAUCCACACAGGGGAGAAGCCGUACCACUGUACUGACUGUGGCAAGAGCUUCAGACAUAGUGCCACCCUCACCAAGCACCUCCAUGUCCACACUGGCAAGAAGCCCUUCACCUGUACUGACUGUGGCAAGAGCUUCAGUCAGAGCUCCCAUCUCCUCCGUCAUCGCCGCAUUCACACUGGCCAGAAGCCCUAUGUCUGUAGUGACUGCAGCAAGAGUUUCACUAACAAGUCCUCCCUCACCCGGCACCGCCUUGUCCACACAGGUGAGAAGCCCUUCACCUGCACCAACUGCAGCAAGAGCUUCCGCUGCAGAUCCAACCUCAGCCGGCACAUGCGUAUCCAUGCCAGUGACCAGCCUGUGCCAGGGGACACAUCAAAACACUGACCCCAGCACUGUCAGGGUAAACGUGACUCUCAUGGGGCACCUUUUCCAGCAGAUUGAACCAAAAUCACCUCAUUU